AUGGCGCCGGUGCUGCUGCUGCUGCUCGUUGCUCUGCUGCCCGCCGCCGCCCUGUACCUGUGCUGCGUGCGGCGGCACACGGGCAGCGCGGCCGCCACGCUGCACCCGCGGGAUGGGGUGGACGGGGCGGGGGACUGCGGGGAGCGGGCCCGGCGCUUACCUCUCGCCUCCUCUCCACAGUGGGCUCCGCGGCUGUGCGGCUUCUGGCUGCGGCUCUUCGUGCACGCGGCCAACACGGCUUUUGGACAGAUCUUGUUACUGCCGUUCUUACUAAGGCUGAACAACUUCUCCCUCAUGCGUUCUCUUGACAUUCAUGAAGAUCCCACGUUUAUCCCAGAGGUUGCAGCAGAGAUUACAGAAGGCAAGUCUGAGACUGAAAGCACUUCAGAUAUCAUCAAGCAGCUGAUAGAUACAAGGCCUGAUUCUGCCAGCCACGGGUUUAGCUUCAAAGGGAUCAAAGACUACCUGGACUGCUACCGGAGUGGGAAGCUGACGCCAUCUCAAGUAGCAAUGAACAUCAUUGCCUUGCUGGAGGACUGCGACAAAUCCACGCCCCCACUCAGAGCGAUAGUGCAAUGGGACCGGGAGCAAAUAAUGCUGAUGGCUGAGGCCUCCACUACUCGUUACAGGAAUAAAUGUACCCUGUCUUACCUAGAUGGCAUCCCAGUGUGUCUGAAAGAAGAGUUCAAAGUGGUACCCUACCAUCACCGAGUAGGAACAGUGUACCUUGGGACAGAGCCUGAAACGGAAGAUGCCACUGUGGCCAAGAAGCUGCGAGAGGCUGGAGCUAUGAUUAUUGGGGUCUCAAACAUGCAUGAACUAGGGACUGGAACAACUGGAUGCAACCCUAAUAGGUACCACAAGAUCCCUAGGAAUCCCUACAAGCCCAACCAUUUCACAGGUGGGAGCUCCAGUGGGUCAGCAGCAGCUGUAGCAGCAGGUCUCUGCCCAGUGGCUAUUGGCACAGAUGGAGGCGGCUCUGUGAGGAUUCCUGCUUCGUUCUGUGGUGUGGUGGGGCUGAAAGGUACAUUUGGGCGGAUCAGCGGUCAUGGCAGCCUCCCGCUCUCUUACUCCACAGUCAGCGUAGGUCCUAUCUGUACCUCAGUGGCAGAUGCAGCCAUUGUUUACAGUAUUCUUGCUGAGCCAGAUCCGCUCUAUCCAUAUGGACUAAAGCAACCCAAAGCAACCCUGUCAGAUAUGUGUGCUCCUGACCUGAAAGGCUUAAAACUGGGAGUGGAUUGGACAUUUUUUAAGGCAUGUGAUGCAGAAAUCCUGUCCAUCUGUGAGAAAGCUGUGGAGUACCUGCAGAAUCUGGGAGCCAGCGUGGUCGAAGUAUCUCUUCCAGAGAUGGAGGAAGUGAAAGUAGCCCAUGCGAUCUGCAUUCUCAGUGAGAUGAGGGACUUCCUCCAACCUGACUUCAACAAACAUUUCCAGGAAAUGAAUUUGGAGACUCGGGCUAGCCUGGCUUUGGGUUCCCAGUUCACAGCUCUGGAUUAUAUUACGGCAAAUCGACAGAGAACUCGCAGCAUGAGGUUUUUGCGAGAGAUCUUCACCACUGUGAACUGCAUACUUACACCAGCUAUUGCUUCCACUGCCCCGAGGAUCCACGAAUCUGACCUUCUGACUGGGAGCAGCAAUAUUUCAUUCACAAUGAGGUCCAUGAGGUUCAUGCAGCUUGGUAACUUCACUGGGAUUCCAGGCCUCGUUGUUCCUGUUGGUUAUUCUACUGUUGGGCUUCCUAUUGGCUUCCAGGUCAUGGCAAAGUGGUGGGAUGAAGCUGUUCUUCUGAGGAUUGGCCUGAAGCUAGAGCAGUUUCGUCACCAGACCAAAAAACCAUCCAUUUAUUAUGACGUCCUUGCAUGACGGAGUGAUUAAGAUGGGGAAUAAGUCUUCUUUUUCCCCUCGUCUGACCUGGCCAAAUACUAGAGUGGACUUGUUUUCAAUGUUUAACUGAAUAAGGUUUAGCAGGAGGCCCCUUGGAGAAAUGGGGAAGAAUACUGUUCAAAGCAGGCGUUGUUGCUGAGCAGAAAUCAGUUCUGCUCCGUUCAUUCUUGGAUGGUCCAGCUUAUACUGAGGAGACCAGUGAGGAACAAGCUAGUAUAUUUGUGUUUCUGUCAGGAGAGGAACCUGCAAGUAUCUUCUGCAACCUUUUUCCGUGUCCAGGUCCCAUGUAAAGAUGGGAGACAGCUGCAGCUACAGGGCUGUGUGUGGAAAGCCACAAUCUCUAAACCUUAAACGUUCUCACAAAACUCCUCCUGCCGCUGGAUUAAACCUGGAAAUGCUGUAGAAUAGCUCUUCAAGAGCCAGCUAUUUUGAGCAGGUGUGUGGUACUAAAAGCAGAAGUGCUACUGAGCUGCCCCAGGAGUGGACCCUGGGUGCAGGAAAUGAGUUGCAUGAAGCCACAGUGCAGCACAGAGCCUGCUCUAGAUAAGGAGUCAACCUCCUCUUAUCGCAAAUGAACUUCUGGAAAUAAUCAAGGUAGAAAAAGAUGUUGUAUUACAUAAAAUAUGACAUCACAGCAAGAACAGCUGGAGAAGGCUCUACUUGUACGGGAACAGGCCCUAAAGCCACACUACUGUUUCAGUGGAAGUCCCCAUCUUGCGUCCUGCUUACACCACUAUGGACACAUCAAAGAUUAGAGGAGACCUAAGAGUAUUCCAAAAUGAAUCUAAAUGCUUAGCUUUAGUUGAUUAGCUUAGCGUUGAUGCUUAGAUGAAUGUCUUGUUUCCCACCUCAUCAACUAUCAAAGAGAAACUGGGCUUUAAUUUGGCUGUGGGAGAAGCUGUCUUACAGAUGGGAACAAAAUGUUGAAUUCUUACUUAGCUGGGAAGGAAAAAAGGAACAGAAAGUAGUUGCAGUCUGGGAAAAACUCGGUGCAGUUGGUUUUGUUUCUUGUUGUUUUUUGUUAUACAUAUCCACUCUUAAAACAGAGGUAGCACUUUACUAAUGCCUGAAGGUUCCAGUCAGAUAGCAUCUGAAUGGAAGAAUGUCAUAUUACCCUCUUCAUAAGUACUUGAGUCAAAGCAUCAAGAUCAGCUGCUAGCAGCAUCCACACUUAACUAAUGAUGGUUGAUACUGUGUCUUUAAUCUUCAAGGCCUUUGUGAUACUGCUGUAAAUGUCACUUCAUUAGAUUCUACCACAGUUCAACUUUAUGAAGAACAGAUUAUUAAAAGAAAAAUAUUUCCUCUAC